AUGCAAAGGACCGUCGUUACCAUCAACAGCAAUGGCCGCCAAUCGGCGAGCUUCAUUCGCGUCGCGUCGGCACUGGGGUGGCAAGUGCGCGCACAGAUGAGGGACCUCAACGGCGUUGUGGCGCAAGAGAUAUCUGAACUGGACAAUGUGACGGUUUACAUUGGCCGCCUGGAAGACCGAAAAUUUCUGGACGAUCUGUUCAAGAGCGCGCAGUGCGCAUUCAUCAACACAACGCACUGGGGCGAUGAAGUUGCGAUCGGACGGUCAUUGGCCGAUGCGGCGAAAAAGGCCGGAAUUCAACACUACAUCUAUUCGAGCAUGCCAGAUCAUUCCGUCUUUGGCCAGCCGUGGAGAUCACUGCCAUUGUGGGCGCCCAAGUUCACCGUCGAGCAGUACAUUCGCCAGAUCGGACUGCCUGCGACAUUUGUGUACUGCGGCAUUUACCACAACAAUUUCACAGGCCUGGACUUCCCGCUGUUCCGCAUGGAGAGCCAGGAUGAUGGAAGUUUCAUUUGGCAGGCGCCCUUUCACCCAGACAUGCCACUCCCGUGGCUGGAUUCGGAGCAUGAUGUAGGGCCAGCCAUUUUCCAACUAUUUAAGGAAGGCCCACGGGUGUGGAACGGCAAGCGGGUACCGCUAGCUUUUGCAUCAAUGACCCCCAGGGAAGUGUGCCAGGCAUUCAGUCGAGGUCUCGGGAGACCCGUCCGGUAUAAGCGGGGCCAUGUGAUGAUCAACGUGCCAACACCCAUCGGUUACCGCGAGCAUCUCUCCGCACUCGAGUACACGCUUGGUGAGAAGGGCGCGCCCUACUUCGGCCCAGACAUCGAACCCGAUUGCCCCGAUGCGGCGCUGCAGCUGUGGGAGGGCAACCGCUCCAUGGAGGAGUACGCGCGAGAAGUGUUCCCCGUCGAGGAGGCCGCAAAUGGCCUGACAUGGAUGGAAGAGGUAGACACGCCACGCCGAGAGGUCGAACUUGACCUGCACAACGCAAUCAACUGCUGA